CCUGGACAGACAGACUUUUGUGGGCUGUACCUGUGGAGCUGGUAGCACUGCUGAUCUGAGCACGACUCUUUGAGCCCAGACUCCUUCCUGAGAGAGACUCCAGAGGGGAGGAAGAUGAGCACUGUGGGCAAAGUUAUUAAAUGCAAGGCAGCCAUUGCCUGGGAAGCAGGCAACCCCUUUUCUAUUGAGGAGGUUGAAGUCGCCCCACCCAAAGAACAGGAAAUUCGAGUUAAGAUUGUUGCCACGGGGGUGUGCCGUAGUGAUGCUCAUGCUGUAAGCCCCAGUUUUAAAGAGGGUCUUUUUCCAGUCAUCCUGGGCCAUGAAGGAGCAGGAAUUGUGGAGAGCACUGGACCAGGAGUGACUAAAUUUAAACCAGGUGACAAGGUUAUCCCACUCUACGUCCCUCAGUGUGGCCAAUGCAAGUUCUGCUUGAGUCCAAAGACCAACCUUUGUGAAAAGAUCAGCAAAAUUAAAACACCUAUUUCUGAUCAAGACCUGAUGCCCGAUGGUACCAGCAGGUUCACCUGCAAAGGGAAGCAGAUUUACCACUUCAUGGGGACUAGCACCUUCUCUGAAUACACUGUUGUAGCAGAAACCUCUCUUGUCAAAAUUGAUGCUGCUGCUCCCCUGGAUAAAGUCUGUCUGAUCGGCUGUGGAUUUUCCACAGGUUAUGGGGCUUCCCUCAAUACUGCCAAGGUGGAACCUGGGUCUACUUGUGCUGUCUUUGGCUUGGGAGGAGUCGGCCUGUCAGCUGUCAUGGGCUGUAAAGCUGCUGGAGCUUCUCGGAUCUUGGCAAUUGACAUCAACAAAGAUAAAUUUUCAUUGGCAAAAGAGUUAGGAGCCACCGACUGCCUCAAUCCUCAGGAUUUCAAGAAGCCCAUUCAGGAGGUUAUAACUGAAAUCAGCAACGGUGGUGUCGAUUUUGCAAUUGAAUGCAUCGGUAAUGUUGCUGUCAUGAAAGCUGCCCUGGAGUGCACCACGGUGGGCUGGGGAACUUGUACGAUUGUUGGAGUGGCUCUGGGUGGACAAUCAAUCCCGGUUUCUCCAAUGCAGCUGAUAAUGGGAAAGAAAAUAAAUGCCACUUUCUUUGGAGGUUGGAAGAGUGUAGAUUCUAUACCAAAGCUGGUGUCUGAUUAUAUGGCAAAGAAAUUCAGUUUGGAUGCCUUGGUGACAUACACUCUGCCAUUCGACAAAAUCAAUGAUGCUUUUGAUCUUAUGUAUGAGGGGAAGAGCAACAGAACCGUCUUGGUUUUCUAAGGAUUCAACUUAGAUUUUUGCAGACUCCCAUAUGAAUUUAAGCCUUAUCCUCAGGCUGCCUCACUGCUUAAUGACUCAAUUAUCUUUUCUUUACAUAUUCAGGAAAGUACCUAUGUUCAGUACAUGAUAAUAUGGAAUAGGUAAAAAGUAAAGGUCACAAUAGACAGUAGCUGUAAACACACAGACAUAAGUGUUGUGGAAGUGUACGAUACCAAUACAUAAUAUUUAUACAUGGAUGUGUAAACAGUGGGUCACUUUAGUGUAACAUGCUUUUUUGCUAACACUGCUGUUAUUUUUGAUUUGUAUACAGUAUCUAAUCUAAUAUUAAUGAAAUAAUUAACUAUAUAAAAUGUGUUCUUUAGUUUUUAUGCCAAGAGUUUUCAUUCCAUUCCAUUUCUGUUGGCAUCGUCUUGCAGAAAAUUACAAACAGCCUCAAAGUGACUAAGGGUUAGAUCCACAAAGGAACUGAGCGUUGUAAAGCCUAACUUGCCACCCAGUGGUAUCCUCAGCCCUGAGUUAGGCAUAUAGAUUCUCUAUACAAUGCAUGGGGAGAGUUAGGUACCUAAGAAAGGGAUUCACAGAAGCCAGCACGAUAAGUGAGUGGGGAACUGCUUAAGGUAGCCAGUAAGAAAUGCUGAGAAGAAGGGAGUGGCCUAAGCCCUGCUCCUUCAGGGAACUUAGGCACCUAACGCCACUACUAGGCAUUCACAUUCAUGAACCUUCUGGAAUUGGAUGCCUAAGCCAGGCCAGCCCUUUCUCCCAAAGGGAAAAAAACAGAAUGAGAGACAGAGAUACCCACUCUAUCAUAACCAAUAACCCAGCAGUUAGGGCACUCACCUGAGAUGUGGGAGGACUUGAGCAUGGGUCUCCCCUAUCACAGGAGAGUGCCGUAACCACUGCGCUAUUAGGCAUUCUGGGAUAGAGCACUCAAUCUCUCCUGUGGAAGUGGUGGAGGGGACAGGAGUCAGAGAAGCAGAUACCCGAGACCAGGAAGGGAGAGAGCCGGCAGCUGCUGGGAACAGGGAAUCAGGCUGCUGCUGGAAACAGGAGGGUGGUGCGUGUAGUUACCAUCUCCAAAAUUACUGCAUGGGUGCAGGAGCUCUUUGCAUCAUCACAAGAGCUCCUGCAGUUGUGGGGGGGCACAAUCAUGUGUCUCAGGAUAAAGGCAUGAGACUCGUCAAUACUGUGUCUAUGUGGGAAAGCUAUGACAGUAUAAGUUAAGGUGUGCAUUUAAACCACUGUGUUAUAUCAAUAUAAACCCGUGUAGACACUUUUAUUCCAAUGUAAGAGGGCUAUUUUUGGUUUAGCUUGUAUCACUUGGGAAGCUGUGCAAACAAAACCAAAAAAGCCACUCUUAUCCUGGAAUAAGAGUGUCUACACAGGGUUUAUACUGGUAUUACUAUAUUGGUUUAACUAUACCAGUUUAAUGAUAAAACUUCCCUGUUUAGGCAAGCCCCCAGUGAAAGUUACAGAGGAAAUAUCCAGGACCUCACUUUUAUGACAAACAUUUAAAUAACAUCAAUAGCACUGAUCCUGCAAACUCUAUGUACAUUCUUAACUGUCCACCAAUGCAGGGCCACUGGAACUACUGGUGUUGGAGAUACGGCAUCCCUCCCGGCUCCAAUAAUAGGAACUGAAUGCAGAGCUUCCAUCAUGUUUACAGUUUUGUUAGCUUUCAAUAUUCCCACUAUAAAACUUGCUCCAGCACCCAUGCCCCUGUACCGAUACUGUUGAAUUAUUCAGGGCAACUGAUUUAUUCAAUUCACAUUUAAGCAUGUGCAUAUGUUCUUUAGGACCAGGGCCUAAAAUAUUAACUAGCACAUUAACAUCUCACUUCUGUGUUAUAAAUAAAUGAAUUCUAAUCUCCA